GGCUAGGGCUGAAGGGUUCAGGGCGCAGCUGCGAGGCCCGGCUCAACUCAACUAGGGUCUGGAGUGCGAGCCGCCGGUGCAGGAGAGGAAGGGGCAGGAGGCGCCUUGGUACUGCACUUUUUUUUGCAUUCAGGAGAUUGCCUAGCUGCGCUUUAGAGAGGUUUGCAUUAGCUCCGAGGCUGUCUGACAAGUGAGGCCGAGAAGUGGGAGGCGUUGCCAUCUGCUGGGCCACGCCACCUGCUGAGGGGAAGCCGGGGACCAAAGCCUCGGGGUCUGCGCUCCCAGGCCCGCUUGAAUCGGCGGGCGUGGGGAGCAAGGGACCUGCUCCCUUCUCUCCCGGCCGCAGGAGGCCCCCUGGGGGAGGAGCUCGGGACGCAGAGGAGGAGCCAAGUCAACCCCAGAAGCAGGGACACAACCCUCUGGGAUAAGAGGCAGAGCCCAGGAGGAACCCCGUCAGCCAGGCGGGCAGAAAGCUCCGGGAGCAGGCUCAUGGAAGACAAGCAGAUCCUGUGCGUGGGGCUAGUGGUGCUGGACAUCAUCAAUGUAGUGGACAAGUACCCAGAGGAGGACACCGACAGCAGGUGCUUGUCCCAAAGAUGGCAGCGCGGAGGCAACGCAUCCAACUCCUGCACUGUUCUGUCCCUGCUUGGAGCCCCCUGCGCCUUCAUGGGCUCCCUGGCCCAGGGCCAUGUUGCCGACAGUUUUGUCCUGGAUGACCUCCGCCGCUAUUCCGUGGACCUACGCUACACAGUCUCCCAGACCACGGGCUCUGUCCCCAUCUCCACGGUCAUCAUCAGUGAGGCCACUGGUAGCCGCACCAUCCUACAUGCCUACAGGAACCUGCCAGAUGUGUCUGCUACAGACUUUGAUAAGGUUGAUCUGACCCGGUUCAAGUGGAUCCACAUUGAGGGCCGGAAUGCAUCAGAGCAGGUGAAGAUGCUGCAGCGGAUAGAACAGCACAAUGCCACACAGCCUCCGGGUCAGAAGAUCCGAGUGUCCGUGGAGGUGGAGAAGCCCCGAGAGGAGCUGUUCCAACUGUUUGGCUAUGGAGAUGUGGUGUUUGUCAGCAAAGAUGUGGCCAAGCACUUGGGGUUCCGGUCAGCGGGGGAGGCCCUGAGGGGUUUGUACGGUCGUGUGAGGGAAGGGGCUAUGCUGGUCUGCGCCUGGGCUGAGGAGGGCGCCGAUGCCCUGGGCCCUGAUGGACGGCUGCUCCACUCGGACGCCUUCCCUCCACCCCGGGUGGUGGAUACUCUGGGCGCCGGAGACACCUUCAACGCCUCGGUCAUAUUCAGCCUGUCCCAGGGGAAGAGUAUGCAGGAGGCGUUGAGGUUUGGCUGCCAGGUGGCCGGCAAGAAGUGCGGCCUGCAGGGCUUUGAGGGCAUCGUGUGACUGCCCUGUGGCAGGGGGCACUGGCUCACACCACCCCCUCCCUGGAGGCUGGCGCCUCCAUCCAGCCUGGCAUCCACACUGCCCCGCUCCCUGGGCAGAUGCAGCCUGUGGGGGGCGCUCCCCCUGUGUCCUGGCGGCUCACACCACCGAGCCGCCGAGCAAAUAAAUCUCCUGCCCCAGA